CCCUCUUUCGCCUCAGCUCGCUGCCCAAGCACAGAGAGCGGUUACUUACGAUUCUACAGUCAACCUCUGGACAUCCACCUGCGAGGACGGAGGUGCUCGACCCCACUCGACAUCCGGUGCAGUGACAUGGACAGUGUUUAAGGAAGAGAAGGAGAGAAUCGUGUGCCCCAAUUCUAAUAUUCCCUUUUUCUGUAUCUAUAUCUUUUUUUUACUUACCGAUCUCUCGGGGACAGUCUGCUUGAGUUUAAUGUAACGUGGAGAUUGCCGGACAGGCCGAGAAAGGACUUCUAACUCAAGCUGAAACAAAUGUUCCUCACGAUGUCCAGGUAUCUCGGUCUGAUACUUGUUAUCGCGGCUUUUACGUAUGCAUACGCCGCCAGGAAGUGCGAGGGUAACGGUCUAGGUCUAAAAUAUACAUGGGGCGAUGCACUCACCGAUCCCGAGGACUGCAUAGGACCGAAUAACAUGCAGUACCCCUCCGCCGCGAUAUCGAGGAGCUUUAAGAACCUCUGGGCGGGCAGUAGUCGAACCGCGCGAUCGCAUCAGCCAUGGACGAUUGAUCCCGAACUGACGAGGAAGGCGCUUUUGCACAACUACAAAAUGGCCCACGGGGACUAUUCUAUCGCCGGAAGCUCCCGGAACGGCCGUGCGUUUUCCGCGAAGGAAAGUUGCGGCUCGCCCGCCAGGCUGUGUAAAACAAGGUACAACACCACGGCACCUAUGUACGGCAUCAGCCUCACUAGCGGACAACCAGUGACGAUCGUGCAAAAGUUCCCCGAUCUUCUGCAGCAGGUCGUCUUCGAAGUAUGCGAGUCGAAGGAAUGCGACGUGGUUCACGGCGAGUGCACGCAGACCUACGUACCGUACCUGUUUCUGGUGAUUCCCCUCGGUCCAGUGACCUUGACCGGCCAGGAUUACGUUCUGGUGGAGAGCGGUUGCGUCUGCAAGCCGAGAAAUUCGGCGAGCGCGUCCAGCGACGCGCCGCCAGCUGUUCCGGCCUUCUAAUCGUUCAAGUCCACGAGUCACAAGCAUCUCUGAUCGCUUUCUCGGGACGCGACAAUUGUACCCGGACGCCACGGUGCGGAGUGAUUUCGGUCUACAAUCUCAUCGAUGCGAUCGACCCUAGAGUGCUGUUUCUUGAGAGAAAUCUCUUCGGUAAGAUUGUGUGGACGCACACACCAAACCAAUCUUGCGAUUGGUCUCUUUAAUUUCAUCGAUUAUCAGCUAUUUCGCAGACUUCAAAAUCUAACAUGUUUCUUACUGAUUACUUUGAUUUCUCGAAAGAAGUACUCGUAGCGAAUGAAUUACCCUUGGUCGUAAGUCGCAGUUGCCCUUGAACUGUCUCGCGUUCGGUCAGUUUCUGGGAGCUGGACGAAUGACAACGAUGACGAGAAUCCGUCGUCUGACACGGAUAAUAAGACUGUCGCAGUUGAUGGAUCUCGUCGACGAUAAAUAUCUCUUUCAACGAAUUUACAUAUCGUCCUUUUUUAAGAAGCUGAAUACCUGAAUACUUGUAGGCUGGCAUACACUCGGCGGAUGAGUCAAGUCGGUCUCUGCUCAUUUAUGUUAGUUACACUCUCGAGCCGUAAUUUAUAAAACUCGCCCUUCUAAUCGCGAUCUGCUGACGGGUAGCCGGAGUGUAAGGACCAUUUUCGAGCAUCGUCCUCCCUCCGCUCUCAUCUUUCUUCUGUCUUUCUCGUGCCAAAAGCCUCGGCGGGACACAUACUGCCAGCCGGCAAGUGAAAAAGCAAAUCGGGGCAGCGGCCGUUUCGCGGAAUCCGGUCUCGGAAUUCGAUCGAGUUCACUAGACUCGCUGCCUCCCCGAGCCGGUUUUGAGCAGGUGCAAAUGGCCAAUGGUUUCAGCUGAGCCUGGGUGUCCACCGACGCGACGUGACAAACGUCCGGCUCUCUUAAGCGCUACCGUCCUCGUAAAGUUAUAUCGCGAUAAAGUCAACGCGGAACGCGUUAGAAUCACUCGAGGAUCGUCAGACCCGUCAACGAACAGGUGUUGUCGUACACUUUUCAGAAACAUCCCGUCGCGUCAGCCAGAAUUUCCCUGUCGUUUCAAGAUUAACGACCAAAUUCUCAUGUCCACGUCGCGCAAAGACAGGCACAGCAGCGAGAUUUUACAUCUUCUAGAGCGAAUGUAACGUUUCUUUACGAUAAUUUUAGAUUCUAGGUCGCUGAUUGUAUCUUUAUAUAUAGUGUUAAAUCUGUCUAAUGUAAAGAUUAAUCUGAGAAUAACAUUCCGUGUGUUAUUUAUAUGUACAACCUUCUCUCUGUCAAUUUAUACGAAUCUCUUGGACGACACGCGAGGUAUUGAUCAAGAUAUCGAAUCAUCGAGCUAGUACAAAAUCAAAAAUGCUCAAGGAGACUUGCGUAUCUUUUCCUAUUUAACACUCACGUUUCCCAUAACAAUUAUAGUAACACCGGUAGUAAGCGGUUCAUUUACUGGGAGUAUGUCAUCAUGACUCCAGCUCCAGCCUGCUGACCCAGAGAGAGAGAGAGAGGGAGGGUCAAGAUGAUCGUACUACUUCCUGCCCCGCUUGCGUUACACGCGAAUCUCCCCCGACGCGAAAGACUAUCGCCCCGUUUACGCCGGCUCCACGAAGAAACCGGACCUCGUAACAAAACCUGCAUCGCGACGGGCGCACAUACGUCGAGAAUAGAGCGUACCGUGAAUUCCGAUGAGUCCCGUAAUGUACCGUUAUCCGUCGGUUUACGGGUCCCCCUCACCCGGGCAUCUCUCGCCGCUCGCCUGCCCGCUCGUCAUCCCGCCGUAAAUGAAGGCGGCGAGAUGAGCGCAGCAGCCAAAAGUCGGGGUGAGCGAACGGGGGGGGAGUUUUUCUUUUUACCAUUCUACACGGGGCUCGAUCGUGGAUCUUUUCCUCUAGUGUCAACUAUUUCACUGACAAAUAUUGAAAUCUUGAAUAAAAUGUUUCACUUUUCACGAGUUUACACUAGACGAA